AUAAGGGGAGAGGGUCGAGAGGAGAACACUGUUACCUGCAAGGCUGCAACUGCAAGCCAGAACAGUCAAAGCGAACAAAGUUCUUUCGUUUUUUGCCACCACUGGAGCUGUCACGGCUUGAAAUUUGUUCCACGAUUGAAGAUUAGCCCUAAGGGCAGGGUCGAAAGCUGUUAGGGUUUCUGCGGAGAUCCGCUAUUGAAGCACUUGUUCAAAUCGAGAGCAAUUUCAGUUCUCUCAAUUCUACGUCAGUUCCGCCAUUGAAACAAGUUUAUCCUCUUAGCUUCAACGCCACUGUUCUCAUCGCUACUAUUCCUGACUCGUUGAACAAGGUCCAAGCAGAGGUGGCGUUUGAUGUCUAUGCGGAGAUCCAUGGGUAGGCCUUUGAGAAGAGCUUCUUCAUCAACUUCCCGAGUUGCAACCCAUUUACAUUAGUCGUGCCUUCGUACGGACUGCCUUAGUUCCCGGGGUAGCUGUCUGUGACGCAUCCAUUGCUCUGUAUCUGUUCGCUUUAUCCUCCACUCUUCCAAUCGGGUAGUUGUUCUUGCAGGGAUCAAACAGGGGUAAUGAUGGGAAAAGUAAUUUUAGGCGUGCCAGGACCAUGGGCUGAGAAUAAUCUUGAAUUGUCAGAUCAUUACACAACAAAAAUUGGUGGCUUACCAGACUGGCCAAUUCCAGAGUUGAUCCAUCCUAGUCUGCUUGAAUGUGGUGCAUGUGGAAGUAAUUUAUGUCUUGUUGCACAGGUUUCUCUUUACUCAUCAAAUAAUAUAUAUGCUCCUAUUUCAACCAAUAGCUUGAGGAUUGAAGAGCGUACACUCUACAUCUUUGGAUGUGUAAUGUCAAAAUGUGGGAAUAGUUCCCAUAGCUGGCGUGCUCUACGGGUUCAAAAGUCUUACAGUGGGGAGGAACCAGCUGCUAACUGCCAAGAAGUGUCUUCAUUGACCACAUGUUCUGGAACAGCUUCAAAUUCUAGCAACUGGUGGGAGGAUGAUUUAUGGAUACAUAAUUCUGGAGCAGAUAAUGUUGGAGACUCUGAGGAUGUAGAUCUGGAGGACUUGGGCAAGGCACUUGCUGAGGCUGCAUCCCUUGCUUCUCACUCCAAGAAACAAGACAAUUGUCAGAGUCCUGAGUCUGUUGAAAAAUGCUCAUCGGUUAGGCCAAGUGCAAGGUUGAUAAAUGCCAGCACACCAGUGGUACCUUGCUUUUAUAUCUAUUCUCAGGAAGAGGCAUCAUCAAGAGGUGUCAGUGCCAUUUGUUCUAAAUCUUCCCCACCGCCUCAGGAAAACAAAUGUGAUCUUGAUGAUCACAAAGAUGAAGAAACAUGGGAAGAAGAAGGUUAUGAGUAUGACAGAGCUUUGGAUGUUGACAGGACUUACCUGAAGUUCAAGAAACGGAUGGAUGCUUAUCCAGAGCAGUGCUUCAGGUAUGUACAGGGAGGCAAACCACUUCUGGCUACAAAAGAUUUAGGUGAACCAGGGACUUGCAAGCUUUGUGGUGGGUCCCGACACUAUGAGUUCCAGCUAAUGCCUCCAUUGUUAUAUUUUCUACAAGAAGGCAAUGAUGGUCAGUUAACACAUUUGCCAGAUUGGAACUGGAUGACACUAAUUGUAUACACUUGUUCCAAGAACUGUUCUCAACGGUCAAGUGAUGGGAAGUCCAACAUCGAUGACUGGACAGUGUCGGAAGAGGCUAUCAUAAUACAAUUUGAAAAUCCCUUGCAUGGUUCAGCUCGACAGAGUUACUUCUCGUGAUUGGCCCCGGGUUUUAUAUAUCAUGUCCCUUAGUGUUGCUGUAUAACAAAGUCAAUAGUUGCUUGCAAUGCAGAUAGGAGUGGUGCCUACAGCUCAAUUUGGAUGAAAAGGUGUGUGUGUGGGUGGGUGGGGGUUACAAAUUCGGCCUAGUUUAGCAUUUCAUAUUUAUUCAAAACAUUAGUAUAAUUAAUAAUGAUUGAACUUGGAACUCUUCAAUUGUGGUCAAGUUUCAAAAUUUUGUAACGUAUAUCGGCUGAUAGGUAUCGUUCCGGUACAAAUCCGAUACAUGGAAUGAAUAGAAAUUAUUUGUAGUGUUCCUUUUCGUAUUUAUCGGUCUGUAUUGGAUCAUUUUGGGCCCUGUAUUGGAUUGUUUUGGGUUUGAAUUGGCCAAUACGGUUCCGAAACAGUCUGAUACAGCCUGAUACAAGUCCCCUUCUCUCUCA